AUGGUCCCUUUAGUAAAGACAACCACAUCAAGAAAAAAGACAAGAAGAAGCGGAAGAAAACUCACAAGAAGCCAAUUCAAGAAUCAUGAAACAUCCUCUGAAAACUGUUCCUUAAAGGAGAGAGACAUGUUGGAUUCUGAUAAGGUUGUUGUUGAUGAUGUUUCAAUUAGUAAUAACAGUAUAUUAUGCUCCACACCCAAAGGUCAAAAAUUUAAGAUACCAGAAAUCUCAACAUGUCCACCAGCACCAAAGAAGCAAAAAGUGCUUUCAAAUUUUUCACUCAGAAGAUCACCCUUAACAUUUUUUGCUCCACCAGAUUUGGAAAUCUUUUUAUGUGUUGCACUUCAAGAUUCUCCUGUUUCAUUUGUUUGCUAA